AGGCAAUGUAAGUAGGUAUUAUUAACUUCGUAAUAACUCCCCUAAGUACAAUCUACUUGCUAAAAAGGCACGUCGGCCGUUCGUCUUACAAGGCAGUUAGAAUUGCUACAAGUAAGAAGGCUGAAGCUAGUAUGCUAAGAGUAGAAAGUUGCCAACCCUUUACAAUGAAAUAAAUGCUUCUAUUUAUACCCGCUAAUGGGCAGGUGGCUAUGCUGACGUGGAGGCCUGUGGACCGCUUGUGUCCCAACCACCAAAUCUUCUGCAUUAAAUGCACUUCCCGCCAGAAUCUAGGUUUCCCGCCUAAUAAUGGGGACGUUCGUCCGCCCGAGAAGUGAGUUGGAUCGCCCCAAGUGACCCUCAGGAGAUACCGGCUGUUCGUCCCCUGGCCUUAUAGAUAUUCACCAUGUGGACUGGGCUUCCUCCGAUGGCUUAUAGGCUUGCCAUGGGGACGUUCGUCGUCAUCCCUGGGGGCCCGUGGCCCUGCUCUUUGUCCCUACAUUGCCGUUCGUCGGGGGGAGCCGCUGGGCCUGAAUCCCCAACCCCAGACGUUCGUCCAUCCUCAAGGAACAUGGGCCUGUGGGCUGGCCUAGUGUUCUAACUAGACGUGCGUCUGGCAAAAUGGGUUAGUGGGCCGGACCUCGGCUUGGGCCCUUAACCCAACACAAGUCCCCCCACUUCUGAUGUUCUGUGCUUGCGCAGGACAUAAGGAAGUAGGAAUUCCCUCAAGGUAGACGUUCGUGUCUUGAUACUUGUGUUUUCUGCACCCGUCGGAAGCGUACGCUCGUGGUCAUGGUGCUUGACAGCUGUCGACGGUUCAGGAAACGAGGUGACGGCCGAUGUUGCGGCGGUGCAUGUUCCCGAGGAAGUGCCAUCAUUGCGCUUUCAUCCCACGCACGGCGCGUGGGCCGGACCACGCUCUUUGCUACGUGUCAACCCCUCGUUGGCCUCUUAAACGGUGCUCCCCCUAUAAAUGCCGGGUUUUCCCCUUGAACUAGGGUUCCCAAUUUCUGCUCCCUUGCUUUAGAAUCUCCGCUGUUCUUCGAGUUCUCUGCACGGUUUCUGAGUUCAGUUAAUCUCUUCGUAAGGUAAUUUCCCUUCUGCUUCCUUUUCUAUCUUGAUUUCUCGCUGAAAUGACUUCGAUGGAGAUUUCGUCAAGUUCCGAUUCCGGUUCGUCGGGUUCCUCUUCGGACUCCUCUUCUGAUAAUGUGGAUGCGCGCUCCCCGGGGAGGGCCAACAUUUCUGGGACUUCUGGUUCGGCAACGACGGUAGGGACCAUCCGGGCUGAUGAUGAACCGGAUGACGCUUCCCAAGGCAGUGGGAGCGACGCCGGGGGUGGAAAUGCUGACGGGGCAGUAGAUGUUAUCGAUGCAGUCCCCUUGAAUGAGCGCCCCGCUGAUUAUGAUUCUGGGGAGGAGGCCGAAUCAGGCUCCGACAUGGAGGUGCACGAUCUGGGCAUCCCUACGGACAUGGAGCGCCACAUCUGUCCGAUCAGAAGCGCCCUCGAUCAUGACCAAGUCCUCUCCCGCGUGGCCCUUAACAAAAUCCGCACAUUCUCCCCCCCGCCGUUCAUCUGAAGCGUGAGAGGCGCCGAGCACGUGAUGAGGAGACGUCCGGGGAUGGUCAUGCUUCACUUGGACUCCGUUGAAGCCGGGCUGCGGUUUCCACUCCACGCCUUUUAUGUGGAGUUCUUCCACUGCUUCCAAGUGGCCCCGGCGCAAUUCAUGCCAAAUUCUUAUAGGUUCAUAUCGGCCUUCUUGGUGCGCUGCAAACUUGCGGGAGUCGAUGCCACCCUGGAACUGUUCCACUACUUCUUCCGGAUCACCCCCCAGAACUCCGACGGGUAUCUGAGCGUGGCCGCUCGUCCGGGAAGGAGGCUGUUUAAGACCUACCCCUCCUCCAUCCAUGACUGGAAGAACCGGUUCUUCUUCCUUCGCUAUGAUGGUCCUCCCCUCCCAGUUCGUUGGAAUGGCUACCCCCCGAAGAUAGAGUCGCCGGAGCUGACCGACGAUCUGAGUGAGGCCGUGGAAGGCAUCCUGCAGGGCGGCAUUCGCCCCAUAGCUGGCUAUCUGACCUUCGAGGCACUCUCGGGGGCAGGCAUAGGUACCGCCCGUGUCCUUGGACUCUUUCCACCCUUCGACGCUCGUCUCGGGGCACCGGGCGGUCCUGUCCUUCAAGGUGAGUGUCCUUUUGCAUUCUCUGUUCGUCUUCUAACCGUUUAUUGUUUCCCCGCAGGUUCUCCGCCAGAUAGAGCUCAAAUGAAUCACGCCGAGUGCCUGAAAACUAGGAAGGCCAAGGCGGCCGCUGCUAAGGCUGCACUGGCGAAGGCCAAGAAUGCCCCGGCCUCGGAUUCCAACUCCUCGGCCUCUGACGCUGCCCGACGAACUGCCGAGGGUGAGCAGCACUUGAUCGCCACUAUGCUGGCCCAGGGUUCCGGGGCCCCUGCUCUCGAAGCUGCCCUCCCACCGCCGGCCGUCUUCACGAAGGCGGCUCCUCAGAAGGGGACGGAGAGGGUCCCCGAGAAGAAACAGAAGAGGGGCCGUGAGGCAGGCUCCACUGGUCCCCUGCUUGAAGAUGCCGGCUCUCUGCCAUUGAGCCGCCCGACGGAAGAGCUUUGGAGGGAGAUGGCCCUCAAGGCCGGUCUCGAGCUGCCCCGCCGUUCGUCGUCUGAGGCGACCAGCGCUGCCCUGGCAGCCGCUCUUCAGUCUGGGCUUCUAGUCCUUCAGGCUGAAGCUGCCAGGGAGGCCGAUCUGAAGGAGGCCAAGGCCAAGGCUGAUGCGGCCGUUGCUACGGCCCGGGAGGCCGCCCGUCGGGCUGAGGCGGAGGCAGCGGCUAAGGGAAAGGAGAUUGCAGCCCUGCAGGCUGAAUCCCGCAGUCAACUAGCCGGUCUUGAGAGAGCCGGCUUUAAGCUUGUCCCGGUGCUUCCUGCUGCCAAGGAUGCCACCCCGGAGUGGUUGGUCGACACCUCCGGUUAUCGGAACACUGGGGAGUUCAUGGAUUCCGCCAAGGACUACUGCGCCGGGGCCUUCGGCGCUGUGUUCUCCGCGGCGCUGGCGAAGAUCCCGCCCCGGCAGCGCCUGGCGUGCGGCGUGCGGAUCCUGGAGAGCUCCCCCUUGUCGCACAAGUUCCUCUACGAGGUCGGCGACAGCUCCUUCGCCGCUGGCUACAAUGAGGGGGUCAAGGCCACCCUUCCCAUUUUCUCGAGGCUGCAGGGGGCCGACUUCGAGCUUGCUGCAAAUACAGACGACGAUCUGCUGCUUCAAGCCUUGGGGAAGUUGGGGAGAGACCAACGGCGGGAGGAGGCCAAGGCUAGAGGGGAAGUUCCGGAACCCCCGUCCCCCGAGCCCGAAGCCGAGGAGGAGGAGCAGAUCCCGGGAGGCAGCCGGCCUGAGUCCCCUUUCAUGGUGUAAAUGUAAAUUGUAAUCUUUUCAUUUUGCGCUUGUAAUGCCCGGCCGUUAGAGCCGAAGAAUAUACGCAACUUUUGCCCAAAUUGUCUCUACGUUCAUGAUCUUUACUUCGUUAUUUUUGCUUUCGUUUCCCUCAUCGUCUGUUGUAUGGGAACUCCUUCGGCGCCUCGAUACACUUUGUCGCAAGGUUCAAGUCUGCGAGGACGUUCGUAUCUGUUCCCUACUUGCUUAAGGCAAUGGCGUCCCUUUGUCAAAGUACUCAAGUGUGUGGAGGUACGGCCCGAGCCCGUUUCGGGCGCCGAUGCAAGGCUCUGAUGCCGGCUCACCGUCCUCAAAGUACUCUGACAAUGAAACGACACUCGUCGGCGGCUUACGGUGUAUACUCAAAGUGUGGACGUAUGAACGUACUUCUCAGCAUCAGCGUUCGGUAACGACGUUCGUCCGUCGUCGCGUGACGUGAAUACUCAAGCUAAGUAUGGAAGGACGAACGUAGUCCGUUGAUGCAUAUGUCUCCCACUAGCCGCCGAUAUUAGGGACAACCGAUGGUCGUGAUCUCCGGGCGUCCCGAGUUCCCCGCUGGACGUUCGUGGCCUCGUUCCAGCACCCUUGCCAAGAUUAUGCGGCGACGGAAUCGAGGCACCUUAAAUACCGUGGUAGGUACCGGUACCCAGGCGCCACGUGUCCUACUUCGGUUGGUGUGUCCCCGCGGUGCUGCCUAUAAGUACUCUGAACCCAUGUAGUUCAUUUAUACUUCUCCUUACGCUGCACAAUUGUCUUCUCUCUCUAGAUUUCUCUCAACCGUAUCGGAACCUCGAACUCCAAAGGUACCGUUCGUUGCCAUGUCUUCCGAAAAUCGCUUCGACGAUGGCUGUUCUUCCGGUGAUGACCUGGAAUAUUAUGAGCGGGGGAUGCCGCCCCGGCCUCCCCGCUACAGUCUCAGCUUCUCGUGCGUCAGGCGUCAAAUCCAGCGUCUAACGAAUGCGGACAAGCGUCUGAUCAGCCAAUGGUUCUACCCUCCAAGGGCCUACGACGAUCGGCGUCUGCGCAACCCCAUGCGCCAUCUGCCCGGCUAUGUGGUGGUCCACUUGGAUUCGGUGAUAGCCGGGCUGAACUUUCCCCUGCAUGGCUUCCACUUGGAGCUUUUCAGGGCCCUUGAGAUAGUGCCUGCGCAGUUCGUCCCUGCCGCCUAUCGGAUAAUCGCUGGCUUCAUCAUUAGAUGCCACAGCGUCGGUGUGAUCCCCACCGUGGACCUGCUGCACCAUUUCUUCCGUCUGUCCCCCUUCGGACGCACAGGGUAUUUGGCCCUUAUCGCCCGUCCGUCCAUGGUCCUAUUCUCGAACAAUGCUGGGAAUCCAGACGGUUGGGAAGAACGCUUCUUCCUGGCCGGAGUAGGCUUACCGAUGCCAUUCUCUGACCGGUGGAAUGCUUACCCCGUGAAGACGAUCCCGCCGCCCAUGACGGACGAGGAGCUCGGAUAUGCCAAGCGCAUAGCCGGACUUGGCAUCCAGAACCUCCGGUUGCUGGUGGCCGAGCCCUUUAAAGCUCAGGCUGGAUUAGGUGCGUCCGUUUGUACUUGUAUUGUUUUAACCCCCCUUCGCUGUUAUGGCUCUGAACGUCUUGGUUCCCUUUGUGCAGGCAUUUUUCCGUCCACGUCUAUGAUGAGCCGAGUCAACGCCGCUUCGGCUACCGCCGGUCGUGAGCACAAGGGGCAUGACAAGCCCGGGAAGCCGCUCGUCCCCAAGAUCGAACCUCGGGUGACCAGGGCGCGAGCUGAUGACGCUUCGGGGGUCGGCGCCUCCAAGAGGCCGCGUGUUGAGGGCACCUCCUCCAAGGCCAUCAUCGUGGCCGAUGACUCCGAUGGGGAGCCCGGAAGUCCCCUCAAGCGGAAGCGCACUUCUCGGACCAAUCUCCGUGCCUCUCCUCCGAGGAAUUCCGACGUCCGCCGUCUCCGGGAUGGUGAUACCCCAACCGCCAAAGGUUCUGACGACGCCCGUCCAAACUCUCCCCCAGAAGCCAGUGAGUCUUCUCUUGGCCUGAUCGAGUUUUCUGGGGUUGGCCCCCGCAAGGAGUCUAUGAUGCUCUUUGGCCAGACAGCAUCCUCCAUCUGGUGUGGGCUGAAUCUCAAGGUCCCGCAGGAUUUCGCUGCUCAGGAGGCCCCUGAAGAUCUCUUGGAGUGCGGCCAGAGCACUCUGGACAAGGCCGGGCUCUACUUCCACAGGGCUCGGAUGGCCUUUGAGCACCAGGGCAGGGAGAUGGCCAGAGUCCGGGCUGAAUGUGACGCCCUCCUGAGGAAUGCCAAAGGCAGGGCCGGAACUCUUCAAGAGAAAGCCGAUGCAUACGAUAAGCUCGUCCAGGAGAAUGCCUCUCAGAAGGAGCUCCUCAAGAAGCAGGAGGCCGAGCUUGUGGAUCUCCGCAGCCGGAUGUGGGCCGUAGAGCAGGCCAAGGUGGAGCUCCGCCAGACGGGCGUGGACAACCAUGUCCCUAUUUAUGAGGCCGAUGUUGCCAAAAUCAAGGAGUCCGGGUCCAUAGCGUUCCAGAGGUCCAAGGCUUAUACUGGCGCCAUUCACACCAUGGCCAUGAAGUUCCUUCCGCGGCUCGUCGGCGAGUUCCUGGCCACCUGCCCGGAUGCCUAUCUGGAUGGGGUUAAAUUGCUCCAGGCCACCCCCACCGGACGUCGUUUUCUUGACGAUCUUGCCGAUGACACCUACCGCAAGGGUAUGGUUGGUUUAGUAGCGGAGAAUCUCCCGACGUUCGAGCGCCACUUCGGGGCUCCCUUCGAUCCGGAGGCGGCUGGCUUUGACGUCCUGAUGGCAGAUGCCCAUGCGGGGGCCCUUGAGCUGCUGAAGGAGCAGGAGGAAGCCGAAGCUAGUGAAAAAUCCAAGCAGACUCUUUCCAAAGCUCCAGCUCCGAACGUCGAUCGGUAGUGAUUCUCCGUUCAUUACCUUGUACUUGUACAAUUUUUUCCAUUAUUUGCAUUGUACCUUCGCACCUUGUAGUUUUCCGGCCAACAGUGCCGAAGAAUAAAAAUUAAAAUCAUUCUUUGCUCCAUGCUCUUCUGGCAUCUUUUUUUUUUUUUUUUUUUUUUUUUCGGAGUCUUUUAGUCUUCGUUCGUCCUUGGUCCUUGGUUCUACCGGCGUUCCUACUUCGAGGAGACGUUCGGUACCCGUAGACAUCGCAAGGAGGAACAGGUUUAUCUACAUCGAGAUUCCCCCUUUUUUCGUUCGUCCGUGGUCCUUUUAGUCUUACCGGCG